CACCAGCUGAAACUCAAUCUCUGAUCUCAGGCCACAGCUCCCCCUCCCCCACAGUGACCUCACAAAGGUUACUAGCUUCUCCUCAGACCCAGAGACCCUCUGUGAUGGCCUUGGUUACACUGGUAGGGAGCUUUGUCCUGUUGUUCUUGCUGAUCUUAAGGGCAUCCACGUGGGCCUGUCUUUUCUGCUUCACUGCCCAGGAGGAACGCCUCCGUGUCUGCCAGAUGUUUGUGGGCAAAGAUGUCUCCAAGCUGCGCCAGUGUAAAGAUACAUUCGAGACUGCUUUUGAGGUUCUCUCAGACAUGGAAAUCAACUAUGAUGAGAGGAGCCACCUGCAUGAUGCGUUCACACAGAUGAUACUCUCCCUCCAGGAGGUGGCUACUGCUCAGGGGUCCUUUAGAGAUGCCUUCCCCAGUGCUGCAGCAGAAAUGAAGAGGACCGUUCAACAGCUUAAAAAAGUUCAGGCAUGCGUCCCUCCUUGCGGUGUCCAGGAGUUCACUAGGCUUUUCCACUGCCAGGGCUGCUAUUCCACCAUCUGCGACCUACCUCUGGACUGUCCAGUUCAGGACCUGAUAGUGAAACGUGGAAACCAGGCUUUGUUUUCUUGCACCGUGGGCUUCCAGUUGCCAGAGUCGGAGCUCACUUAUUCCUGGAAAUUUGCGGGAGGAGGUCUCCGGACUCGGGACAUGUCCUACUUCCGUGAUGUGCCGGGGGCCCACGGGUACCUGGCGCGAAUCCGGCCAGUGCAACCCAAGCACAGCGGGACCUUCGUAUGCGUGAUCCUGCAUGACCAACGCCCCCUGGCGCGGCUCUACUUCUAUCUGAACGUGACGGGCCCUCCUCCGCCUAGGGAGAUGGAGCUUCAGGUCACAUUCCGGGAAGUGGUGAAUUGGUCAGCGCGGGAGGCGGAAAUGAUCGUGCCCUGGAGUCCCAGCCUAGGCGAACUACUUACCAUGCCCCGGGCUCUGACGCUCGGCAACCUGUUCCUGAUCGCGACCACCGCCGCAUUCCUGUCUGCUAGUGUUACUGCGCUAGCAUGGUGCUUCAAGUUCCUGCUGCCUUUACUCUCCUGCAAUAAUGGACAGUGGCCUGGAUUUGUUAGCCAAAUAAACCCUUUCUUCCUGGCUGCUUUUGCAAGGGUAUUUUCUCACAGCAACAGGAAACAAAACUGAGUUGAGAAUGGCCAUGGACUUCUGAUCUUCCUGCCUUCAACUUCAUGUGAUGGGGAUUAUAGGUGUUCACUGCUUCAUUUGGCUAGUAAUUGUAUUUUCU